CGACACUGGAACACACCCUCUGGUAGAAUGGCAGAAGAACAAGCAGCUCAUCACUUGCUAAACGUAGUCGAGGAGCGAGGUCUCAAAGUCGAUCUCGAUAACAUUCUCCUAGGUUUUGAGGAUGUGAAGACCAAGCACGAAGCUGCGGUGUGGGUUGAGGAGUACCUACACGAGGACACCCUGCUCAGUAAAGAGGAGCUAGAAUUGUACCAGACUCUCAAGAAGAAGGGCCUUUUGCACCAGUACGAAAGCGAAGGUGAACCCAUCCGACCCAUUUUGGAUCAUGAAAUUGCUGCAGCAAUUGAAUCAUUGAGAAGCUCCACUACUGCGAUUGAGGAGCAGUCCAAAGUUUUGGAGGCACAGAAAGAUGCUCUGAUGAAGUUAAAAGCUCUUGACAAGCCCAAUUUGGAUGUCGAACAUGCAAGAAACGAGCGGAGAAGGAAGGAGGGACAAGAAAAAACUCGUCUAGACGUCUCUGUCGAUGAUGUAGUUGCAUCCGUCACAGAGCAGAUGGACGAUGCUCAGCGCGAGAUUGAUUCUGACAAGUCAACACUGAAAAGCUACCUCUCGGAACGCUUCACGUCAGACGAUCAGAUCUUAAGCCGACUCCCUAAGCUAGUGUCUCAGAUCGUCACUGAGCCUGAAGUCAGCGAAGACGAGAAGUCGAUGGAGCAGUGGUGCAAGGCGAUUAUUUCCUUUCGUGCUGCAGAGAUCAAAGCUCGAGUGGAUACUGUGUUUCUCACCAACGCAUUAGCAGACUCCCAGAACGGUCUUUCCGAGGAAGCAGAGGCCAAUCUCAAAGAGAGAAAGGUCGCCCUGCAAGCUGAACUGGAAGAGUUACACUCUGAAAUCGCAUCUGUCGCUGAAAUGGUUGUCGAGCAUGAGAUACGCAAGCCGAUGACUGAAAUGAAGGAGCGUAAAGAUAGAGACAGAACACAGGCACGAACUGCGUGGCUCAACUAUGUGCUCUCAACACUCGAAUACAUGGGCAAACGUCUCAGCAUAAUCAACACUGGCACGCAAGAUACUGACGAGUUCCAACAAGCACUGGCGCACGUCCAGGCAGCAGCAGCGAAGCGCACACCAGAGACACAGGCACUGGCUGCGACACCCGGAUUGAAACGCAUGAACUCCAGCACCUCGGCUUUUACUCCCAUGGUCAAGCUCAAGCCUACAUCGACGCUUGAGCUUCCGGUAGCACUUCAAGAUGCGCUUCGUCACGCAGGCAUAUCUUUCAGUCAGGAUAACAUCGAAAGCCUACAAGAUGUUCUGCAGCAAGCUCAACUUGAGCGGGGCAAGAAGCUUCAAGAUCACUAUGAAUCUACCGCGACAUCGAUUCAUGACGGACUCGCUGAGCGAUCCAGCAAAGCAGACACAGAUCUGAGGGCUAUUUUGAGCGCGCUAUAUAAGCACGCGCCAUUCCAGCAGGCUAGCUUGAUGAACCCAGAGUUGGACGAGCAACUGAAGGCGAUGGAGCUUGAGCUUGAGAAUAAGGACCGAGAGUUGCUGGAUGCAGAAGGUAGCGAACUAAGCUUGAGCGACCCUAAAGUUCGUGCGUUCAUCGGGAAAUACGGUAAAUAAAGCGAAGGUUUUGACAAGCAGGUUUCAGGGCUGGUCGGUGCGUUGUCGCGGUGGAGGUGACAAGUCGAGCUGGGAUGAUCCAGGCGCGUAUCAAAGAUGGAGUAAACACGACGUGGAGAUGUUGUUUAGAUGUUGUUUACAGCGCCGAGAAAGCUCUCUUGAUACAAGGUCAAAGUGUCUCUCUUCAC